CCUAUUUUCGCCUCGCUCCUCCGUCCUUCACUCCGACGUCACCUCCUCUCUGCUCCGUCCGUCUGCCACCGGCGUUUCCUGAUCAGCUCCUCGUGCCUUGCUGCCUCUUCCCAUGGUGCAGGAUCCUAAACCGCCCUCCUCUCUUCUCCGCUCUCGAUUCGAUUCUUCCAAGGUAUCUGGAGAUGAUAAUCUGAAGCGAGUGAUUGACUUCGAGAUCCAGUGUGCGGUCUUGGACAAGAACUUGCAGGAGGCAAUGCACAAAUACCUCGAGGAAAGAGGCAUAGAGAGUUCACUAUUUGAUAUUUUGCACGAGUACAUGUUAAAUACGUUGGACAAUCUUAUUAUCAGAGAUAUAGGAGAAAUAUUCCAAAUUUAUAAAACCUAAAUUUAGAUUUAUUUGUUGAUAUAUUUGCUUGAAUGAUCUCAAGCGGCUAGCGAGCUGGUUUCUGCCAAAUGUAGUUGAAUCUGAGUGUUGAGCCUGCCGACUCUGAGUGUCGAAUCUGAGUGCUGAGCCGGUUGACUGUUCGAGUCGGGAAGAAGCUGUAGUAUCACCCAAGUUUAUGCUAAGUGCAACUGAGUCGAGAACAGAGUGCUCCCGAAUGGACAAUGAGUCUCCCGAGUGGAUGCUGAGUCGAACCCAAGAUGCUUGAAUCGUAGAGUUGAGCAAUGAAGGUGUCAAGUCGGGAAAGUUUCUUGAUUGUUCAAAAAUUGAGACGUCGAGGUUUGCAUUUAACAGAGUUUCAUUCAAACAGAUUCGCUCCAUCUUCGAUUGUGCUUCGAAGUUCUCUUGAAUCGUCUAUUUCCAGGAUACAGUGGUAGAUUAUAAUCGACACGCAACACUGGUGGAUCAUGGUGAACUGAGAAGGUAUCCGAUUGCUAUCAUGAGUAAUUAUGCUGAACGAGUGCAUAGUAGAGAGGAAGAGAGUGAGAGGGAACACAGGUGGAUGGAGAUUUGGGUCUUUGCUUUGUUCAAUAUCUAACCUCCUAUAAGAGUGCAUCCCGGUUGUGUUAAAUAAUCGAUUAAAAGUCAUUUGUUGUCAUUAUCGACAGUUGUUUCAC